UGAUAAUGGCGGAUGAUGACAUGUACGACGUAAAAGUGAAAUAUGUCAUGACAUAAAUCGCAUUUUUGCUGUUUUUGUUGCAACUUUUUCGAGAAAUUUUUACGGAAAAACAUGGAUUUUGGCACACUUCUGCACACCGCCCAAAAAAAUGAGAAAGUCGCAAAGAAAGAGCCUGCCAGGUAUUACAGUACGAAGUUUGAGCCCCCGAAGAAGGAGCAACGCAAUAAACAGUUAUCCGAAAACAUUAAAAAGUUUUUGGCGAAAAAGGAAGCUGAAGAGAGAGGAAAAAAAUUAGAGGCCUUGAAGAAAAAAGAAGAACUGUUGGCGUUAAGAGCUAAAGACAAAAAAGCAACAAGAAGGGUAAAUGUGAUGCUAAAACGUACCAAAUCCGCCAACCAGUCUGUUCUUCAAGACGCUAUUGAUGCAAACAACACUUCAGUGACUCUGGCCGGUCCUAUUCAACCUGACGAAGAUGACUAUGGCUAUGUUUCACAGGAAGCAGCAGCGUUUUACAAUAAAAUGAUGGAAAAGUACAGCAAAAUGCCUGAUGAACCAAAAUUUGGCUUAAACAAAAAGAAGAAAAUAAGCACUGAUUUAAACAGUACUAAGGAAAGGGUGAGGGCUGCUAUUGAGAGGGAACGGGAAGAGGCAAACAUGCCCCACAAACGGAGAAGAAAACACAAAGAUGAAGAAGAAAUUGAAAAUGAGAAACAGGAAGUGGCACCGAAACCUAAACCAAAACCCACAGCACCUCCGCCAUUAAAUUUCAACGAUUUACUGAAACUAGCCGAGAAAAAACAAUUUGAACCUAUAAUAAUAGAACAGAAGCCGAAAGAAGAAGAAAAAUUGUUUACGAAAAAACAGAAAAAAGAAUUGGAAAGGGAGAAAGAAUGGAGGGACAGGAAGGAGGGAAAACUCCCACCUUUGGAGAAACCACCUGUGAAUAAAAUUCCAAAACUGAACGGUGAUUUAACAAAGAAAAAUUUACCAGAUCUGGCAAAGAAAAGUCCUGCAGAUCUGAUAAAAAAAAGUCAAGUUGGUAGUAAAAUGCCUGAAACCACAAAGAAAAUUAAUUCAAAUAACCAGCCCAUCAUUGAUAAAAAAUCUGUGCCUUCUCACAUUAAACCGGGCUCAAGUAAUUUGAACAAAGUCAAAGAUUUAAAUGAUUUAAGGAAAAAAGAAGCUCAAAAAUUGAGUAGCAAAGAAGUUACACCCAAAAAACCACCACCUGACCUUAAACCAAAACAAUUUCCUCCUAAAGAUCUGAAACCGAAACAAUUCCCGCCUCCUGAUGUCAGAAGAAAAGAUUUUCCUCCUCGUGAUGUAAAGAGAAAACCGCUGGUCAACAAAAGGCGAAUUUUGGACGAUGAGGAGUAUGAUUCUGAAAUGGAUGAUUUCAUAGAUGAUGGACCUGAAGAAGGUGAAGAUUACUCAAAAUAUAUUAGCGAAAUUUUCGGCUAUGAUAAAUCGAAAUACAGAAACGUUGACGAUGAUAUUGAUAAUAUGGAAUCUACGUUUGCCCAACAAAUGAGGGAAGAAGUGAUCAGUACGAAAAUUGGUAUCAUGGAGGAUUUAGAAGAUAUGAAGCAAGAAGAAGAAGAGAAAAAACGGAAAGCCUUGAUGAAAAAGAAGAGAUUAUAAUUUUAGCUGUUGUGAUUGUGGCGUGACUUUGUGAUAGGUGAUUUUUAAGAGAACUGGGAGUUGUAAUUUUUAUUGUUAUUCUUUUAUUACGAAAAAUUUAAACUUUAAUAUAUACUAGACCGCCA